AUGGAAGAAAAUGUGUUUGGCACAAAUGAUCCAAACCCUAGAACCACCGCCACCGCCACUGCGGAUAACACUACCGUUGAUCCAACCCUCCAACGGAAGAAUGCUGCAAUGCUGGAACGCCUCUCCAAUCGCCACCAAUCACGGCUGGCCGGAAAAUCCGACCCUGACUCCACAAACCUUAAUGCGCCACCCUCAUUCGAGUCUACCGAAUCCUUCCUCUCAAAAUUCUCUCAAUCUAAGGUCUCCAUUGAGUCCUGCCUCUCCCAGCUCCACCAACAACAAGAAAACCGAAUUCCUGGCUCCGAUUCGAACCGGAAAACCGAUAUGGAGAAAAUCUCCCUCUCAAUUUCUGACCUAGAGAAGUUUGUUGCGGAGAAUUCUUACUUCUUGCCAUCCUACGAAGUUCGUACGUGCCUCAAAACCAUUGCCGAUCUCAAGCAAUCCCUCGAUGAUGUCACCUCCCUCGUCAUCCCCAAGAAAAAAUUCUCCUUCAAAAAUAAACCCUCCAAAAAACCCACUAAUCCGGUUCAGGAAGAUACCGUCUCUGAGAAGAACCUGAAUGUGGGAUCUUCUGAUUUGGGAUUUAAGCAUUUGAUAAUGUCACCGGGGUUUAGGGAUAAAGAGAAGGAGGUAUUAGUCAAGGAAUUUGAUAAGAGUGAUACGCAGGGACAAAAUGGGGAAUUCACGUUAUCGGGUUUGAGGGAUUGUGAGGUGAGAUUGAAGGGUUGUUUAAGGGCUCUGUUUAUGGAUAGAUUGACAAAUUGUAGGAUUUACGUUGGGGCAGUGAUGGGGUCAGUUUUGAUAGAGGGCGCGGAGGGGUGUGUUUUUAUAUUGGCUUCACAUCAGAUCAGGAUUCAUAAUGCAAAAAAUUGUGAUUUUUAUCUUCGAGUUAGAAGUAGACCCAUAAUUGAGGACUGCAAUGGGGUUAAAUUUGCGCCAUAUUGUCUGAACUAUGAAAGGAUUGAGAAGGAUCUUGAGGAGGCAAAUCUUGGAGAGGAGACGGCUAACUGGGCAAAUGUGGAUGAUUUUCGGUGGUUGAGGGCGGUGCAAUCCCCAAAUUGGUCGAUUUUGCCCAACAAUGAGCGAAUUCAGACGGUGGAUAUUUCGAUUUCUUGA